UAUACUUCAAUUUACAGAUAAUAUUGAACUCUGUUUUUCUAAUGUGUUUUUAAUUAUCGUUGGUAUUAAUAUGAUACUGAUAAGUUUUCAAGGGCUACAAAUUGUGCUGAAUCUAAAUAACAUUCCACUGAUUUUGAGACUUGGUGCCUUUUUUGCAGGACAAAUUAUUCAUUUAUAUUAUAAUACAAUUCCUGGCCAAGCAUUAAUAGAUGAAAGCUCUAAAGUUAGUGAUUAUUGUUACCAAUGUAAUUGGACAAAUAUGAAAACUAAUUCUCGAAAACUCCUGUUAUUUAUGCUAUUAAGAGCCUCCCGCGAUUGUAAAGUUUCUGCUGGCAAGCUUUAUAUAAUGUCAAUGGAAAACUUUAGUGCAGUUAUCAAGACGUCGUUUUCAUACUUAAGUGUUUUGACUUCAGCGCAAUUAAAAUAA